CACCUCUAAUAAUUAACAAUGAUCAGAUUUUCUUCAUCUCAACCAAAGAUCCACCCAGAAUAAAAGAUCCAACAGAACCGGAACCACGAGGACAGAAGACAAAAGGAGGACGGGAAGGGAGAGCGACAAGACAAAGGGUGAGAUGAAGAGCGUGGGAUGAGACAGUCGGUGAGGAAGAGGGGGAGAGAGGGAGCAACAAACACGCGCAAACACACUCAGGUGACGUCAAACCGGAGCGCAGCUGACUGGCUCGCGCCGCCGUGGCUCCGCUGACCAGCCGGUCUCUCGUCAGCUCCACGCGGAUGCUGCUGCCGCUGCUGCACGCGCUCCAACCACCGAGGAGGCGGGGAAACCGGGAGGUCUCACACGGAGCUGUGGAGCACUGGGGAGGGGGGAGGAGGAAGGAGGCUCCACUCUCACCCUCGCGCGCAGCACGGAGACGCACAGGACGCGUUAUUUACCGAAUGGAGACGCGCCUUUCCGCAUGAGAAACCAGCCGGGAUUGUGACGCGGACAGGUGUUGCAUCUGAGCGCGAGAGCUUUGUGUGGACCGAGGGGCGCGAGGCGGAGGGCUGAUCCGUGAUGAAGGGCACGCGCCAUCCUCGCUGAUCCUGCAGCCUCGUGCGCAACAAGUUUGUGAGAUUGAAUUGAUUGUAAUCUGGAUUACACGGAUUUCUAUCCCGUUUUGCCUUUUCUUGGAUAUUUUCUGGAAAUCUUGCGGGACCAGGGGGCUGGAAUGUUGCUGUCUGCUUGUUUUUCCUGCAAAAGAACCGUUAAAUAACGGGUCCACCGGUGUCAGCAACGCACCGACCGUUUCGGAGGUUUCACCUAAAACCAGAUUUUCUUCCAUCUGCGACCCCCCCUCCCCCCUUUCCCCGUUCCUCACGGAUCCCGGAUCCCCGUGACACCCCGAUGGUGUCCGAUGCUGGCGCACGGUGGCUCGAGCUGCUGCCUGAAAACCGGAGACUGAUGGCCGGUCCGGGAGACGUCUGUCCGGUGAUGUAGGACCCGAAUGAGCUUGACAAUGACCUCCAGCCGCGCUUCACCCGGUGCCAUUCUCGCCACAACCGGAGAAAAAAGCACGCGCCCCCGGUUCGAUGCGCACAAGAGGACGUCGUCUCCCCAGAACCGCUGAUCUGACCGACGGCCGGGAAGGGUGGGGGACCUGAAUUGACACGAGCGAGUCGAACGGAAGCCCCGGAGUGGCGGCCCCGAGCGGCGAGAUGGAGCUGUCGGAGGUCCGGUGCUCCAGCGCCAGCGACGAGCUGUACACCAUCAACAAGACACCGAGCAGCAGCAACAGCAGCGGCAGCGCCAGACCCAAACGGCUGUUGUGGCAGAACGCGGUGCGGCACAUCACCGAGCAGCGCUUCAUCCACGAGCAGGGCGGGGGCGGGGGCCUGAAGGAUGACCCCUUCGACCCCAUCCAGGGCGCGCGGAAGCAGUCCGCGGGCCGGACGUCGGUGGGGGACCGGCACAACAACGGGGGGACCAAAGUGUUCCCGGAGCGCGCCAGCAGCGACCUGGGAUUCCUGCAGAUCGACUGCGCUCCCAGUAACUCGGACUUCUUCCUGAACUGGGGCUACACGUACCGGGGCGUGAUCUUCCCCACCCUGCGGAACGCCUUCAAGUCCCGCGACCUGGAGCGGUUGUACCAGCGCUACUUUCUGGGCCAGAGGCGCAAGUCGGUGGUGGUGAUGAACAUCCUGGACGUGGUGACCAAACUCACCCUGCUGGUGCUGCACCUCACCCUGGCCUCCUCCCCCAUGGACCCCAUCAAAGGGAUGCUGUUGGGCUUCUUCACGGGCAUCGAGGUGGUCAUUUGUGCCUUAGUGGUGGUGCGGAAGGACACCACGUCGCACAGCUACCUACAGUACAGCGGCGUGGUCACCUGGGUGGCCAUGGCUACGCAGAUCCUGGCGGCAGGGCUGGGCUACGGGCUGCUGGGGGACGGGGUGGGCUACGUCCUCUUCACCCUGUUUGCCACCUACAGCAUGCUGCCGCUGCCGCUCACCUGGGCCAUCCUGGCGGGCCUCCUCACCUCCGGGCUGCAGGUGCUAGUCCAGCUGCUGGUGUCCGAGAACAUGCAGCUGUUCACCAACCAGGUUGCAGCUCAGGGUGUGCUCUUCGUGUGCAUGAACACUGCUGGGAUAUUCAUCAGUUACCUGUCCGACCGGGCUCAGCGGCAGGCCUUCCUCGAGACGCGGCGCUGCAUCGAAGCUCGACUGAGACUGGAGACAGAGAACCAGAGACAGGAGAGACUGGUCUUAUCGGUGCUGCCGCGUUUUGUAGUUUUGGAAAUGAUCAACGACAUGACAAAUGUAGAGGACGAACACCUCCAGCAUCAGUUCCACAGAAUCUACAUCCACCGCUACGAGAAUGUCAGCAUUCUUUUCGCAGAUGUCAAAGGCUUCACAAACCUCUCCACGACGCUUUCAGCGCAGGAGCUUGUACGAAUGUUGAAUGAACUUUUUGCACGUUUCGACCGCCUCGCACACGAGCACCACUGUCUACGAAUAAAGAUCCUAGGAGACUGUUACUACUGCGUGUCCGGCCUCCCCGAGCCCAGACCAGAUCACGCUCACUGCUGCGUGGAGAUGGGACUGAGCAUGCUCAAAACCAUCAGAUACGUAAGAUCUUGUACAAAACAUGACAUCGACAUGCGUAUCGGGAUCCACUCAGGCUCGGUUCUCUGUGGCGUUUUGGGACUCAGGAAGUGGCAGUUUGACGUCUGGUCCUGGGACGUGGACAUCGCCAACAAGCUGGAGUCUGGAGGCAUCCCAGGGAGGAUCCACAUAUCCAAAGCAGCUCUGGACUGUCUCAACGGCGACUACGAGGUAGAGGAAGGCCACGGCAAAGACCGGAAUGACUUCCUCCGCCGCCACAACAUCGAGACGUACCUGAUCAAGCAGCCCGAGGAGAGUCUGCUCACUCUGCCGGAGGACAUCAUGAAGGAGGCAGCGAGCUCAGCCGACCGCCGCUCCAGCAGCACCACCUUCAACGAGGCUUCCUGGAGCCCCGAGCUCCCCUUCGACAACAUUGUGGGGAACCAGAACACUCUGGCUGCCCUAACGAGAAAUUCGAUAAAUCUGCUUCCAAACCAUCUUGCACAAGCUUUGCAUGUCCACUCUGGUCCUGAGGAAAUUAACAAGCGAAUAGAGAGUGCCAUCGACUUACGGAGUGGCGAUAAGUUGAGGAGAGAGCAUAUCAAGCCUUUCUCUCUGAUGUUUAAAGACUCCAGCCUGGAAGAGAAGUACUCACAGAUGAGGGACGAGGUUUUCAAGUCUAACCUGGUGUGCGCCUUCAUUGUGCUCAUCUUCAUCACAACCAUACAAAGCCUGCUUCCCUCUGCCAGAAUGGUUACCAUGGUGAUCCAGUUUUCAGUCCUCAUCAUCCUCCAUUCCUGCCUGGUUCUAGUUACGACGGCGGAGGAUUACAAGUGUCUGCCUCUGGUCCUGAGGAAAGCGUGCUGUUGGAUAAACGAGACGUACGCGGCGCGAAACGUCAUCAUCUUCGUCUCCAUUCUCAUUAACUUCCUGGCAGCCAUGAUCAAUAUACUAUGGUGUGACUUCGAUAAGUCCAACACCUUCAGGAACCAGACGUACAACGAGUCUGCCUCCAUCCCAGACAUCUGCUUCUACCCAGAGUACUUCGUUUUCACCGGCAUCCUGGCGAUGGUGACGUGCGCCGUGUUCCUGCGUCUGAACUCUGUGCUGAAGCUGGCCGUGCUGCUGGUGAUGAUCGCCAUCUACUCGCUGCUGACGGAGGCCUUCUACACCUCGCUGUUCGUCCGCUACGACACCGUCCACCACAACACCGAGAACUUCCUGGGAACCAAAGAGACGUCUUUGCUCCUGAUGGCCAUGUUCCUCCUGGCCGUGUUCUACCACGGUCAGCAGCUGGAGUACACGGCCCGGCUGGACUUUCUGUGGCGGGUUCAGGCCAAGGAGGAGAUCAACGAGAUGAAGGAGCUGCGAGAACACAACGAGAACAUGCUGAGGAACAUCCUGCCGAGCCAUGUAGCCCGCCACUUCCUGGAGAAGGACCGGGACAACGAGGAGCUCUACUCCCAGUCCUACGACGCUGUGGGCGUGAUGUUCGCCUCCAUUCCCGGCUUUGCCGACUUCUACUCACAGACCGAGAUGAACAACCAGGGAGUGGAGUGCCUCCGGCUGCUCAACGAGAUCAUCGCUGAUUUCGAUGAGCUGUUGGGCGAGGACCGAUUCCAGGACAUCGAGAAGAUCAAGACCAUCGGCAGCACCUACAUGGCCGUGUCUGGUCUCUCUCCUGAAAAACAGCAGUGUGAAGAUAAAUGGGGUCACCUGUGUGCGUUGGCUGACUUCGCCAUCGCGCUCAACGAGAGCAUCCAGGAGAUCAACAAACACUCGUUCAACAACUUUGAGCUGCGGAUCGGCAUGGCUCACGGCUCCGUGGUCGCAGGUGUGAUCGGUGCCAAGAAGCCACAGUACGACAUUUGGGGGAAGACGGUGAAUCUGGCCAGCCGGAUGGACAGCACCGGCGUGAGCGGGAAGAUCCAAGUCCCCGAGGAGACCUUCCUGAUCCUGAAGGAGCGUGGCUUCGCCUUUGAGUACCGCGGAGAGAUCUACGUGAAGGGCAUCAGCGAGCAGGAAGGCAAAAUCCGAACACAUUUUCUGUUGGGCCGUGUUCAGCCCAACCCGCUCAUCAUGCAGCCCCGCAAGAUAACGGGCCAGUACUCGCUGGCGGCCGUGGUGCUGGGUCUGGUCCAGUCGCUCAACCGGCAGAAGCAGAAGCAGAUUCUCAACGAGAACAACAACUCGGGCAUCAUGAAGGGCCACCACCACUACAACCGCAGGACGUUGUUGGCGCCCAGUGGCUCUGAGGGGGGAGGGGGCCAUCACACUGAAGCUGCUGAUAAAACGGAGUUACCCUGAAGUUUUUGGUUCAUUCUGGUUCCUCAGACGCAGAACCGUCCCUGUGGAUGAGUUAAACCUCUGUGGUUCUGAGUCAUAACUCAGCCUCGUGUGUUGGUUUUUAUUUAUGAAUAAGUAAACGUUCUUCUCACUGACGUCUGAGCUGCAGAAAACCCUCCAGUAGGACCGUAGGAUUAAGUGAUUUCCUGCCAAUCAGCUGUUCGCUGGAGCAAAAGUAAACACGGAGCUCUCCGUGAAUCCCAGGGAGUCGCUUCCAUCCUAGUCCUACAGAAGCUCCAGGGAGCCUGAGAGACGAAUCCAAACCGUGGUCCAGCAGAGUUAGGUCUGGAGAAGCCCCAGCACCAGGCUGAUUCCCUCUAGUGGCUGGUUCCUGUAUUUAUUUUAAGCCCCGCCCCCUAGCAGUUUGUUCCUGCAUUUAAGCCCCGCCCCUUACAUGUAAACAAAUGUUCCUGACUCAGUACUAAUCUCUCAGAUCUAAAUUUCCAGCUGUGGCUGGAUCCUGCUGCUGCUGCGAGGUGAAACCAUGUUUUUUUUAUUAUGGGAUGUUUGAAAACACCUUGACUGUGUGCAGGUGAGUGGGCGGGGCUUUCGGCCCCAUUCAUGCAGGAAGUUCCCCGCAGGGAAAAGUAUCUUUAUUCCAACAGCAGUUUCCUCUGUUUUUAGGUUUAGCUAAUCGCUAAAGGUCAAAGUUCAACCAUGAUUUUUUGUUUUAUUUCCCAAGUUUGAAGAAAACUCAGUCUGGUUUAACUCCAUCAACCAGGCGUGUUCUGCCUCCAGAACGGUUCUACUCUAAUGAAUGUUGGAACUGGAACUCUCCGUUAGAGGAGGAGGAGAGAGGGAGGUUAGUGGGCGGAGCCUCGGUGUUCCGUUCUCCUCCUCUUUUGGUUCUACAGAUCUCAGACCAUCACACCGACGUUCCUCCUGUUGUUUUCCUUUUUAAGCCUCCUGGCCUCUGAACCCGCCCUCCACUAUAAACCCUGGACCCGAUCCCGCUCAGAGCCCGGUGGCCAUCUUUCUUUUUCUAUUUCUUUUAUAUAUGAAAACACAAUAAAAGGGGUCUAAUUUUUAUAGAA